CACUCCCCCUUCACUCCUCCCAGGAAGCGGUGAUAGACAGUUCUGCGUGGUUCUCCACCCCCACCCUCCCCCUGCUGAGUGGAGGAGUUGAUGUGUCUCAUUAUAACAGCCAAUGCAGCCGCCAUCCACGCACAAGCAAAGAAGCAUGUCCCAUUUAAAUACACCCACGCAGCCCCAGCGCCCUUAGCCGAUCGGGGCGCUCAGCCCACACGCACCGCUGCUCGGGGCUUGGAGAUCCGCGCAGGUUGGGCUCCCGGACCCGGCGGACCGACGCGCGGAGGAUCGGGAUCCGGCGCUGUGGGGCUGGGGUGGGCGGGGGAGGCUGGGCCCGGGGCCUCUGGCGCGACACCCGCAUGAGGACGCGAGUGAAAUAGACCAAGGUGGAAUUUCCAAGGGAAAAGCUUCGGGGUGGUUUUGGUCCAUUUCUCCAGCGAAGAAGUAGACAUGGCGAGCGACUCCCCGGCUCGAAGCCUGGAUGAAAUAGAUCUCUCGGCUCUGAGGGACCCCGCAGGGAUCUUUGAAUUGGUGGAACUUGUUGGAAAUGGAACAUACGGGCAAGUUUAUAAGGGUCGUCAUGUCAAAACGGGCCAGCUUGCAGCCAUCAAGGUUAUGGAUGUCACAGGGGAUGAAGAGGAAGAAAUCAAACAAGAAAUUAACAUGUUGAAGAAAUAUUCUCAUCACCGGAAUAUUGCUACAUACUAUGGUGCUUUUAUCAAAAAGAACCCACCAGGCAUGGAUGACCAACUUUGGUUGGUGAUGGAGUUUUGUGGUGCUGGCUCUGUCACCGACCUGAUCAAGAACACGAAAGGUAACACGUUGAAAGAGGAGUGGAUUGCAUACAUCUGCAGGGAAAUCUUACGGGGGCUGAGUCACCUGCACCAGCAUAAAGUGAUUCAUCGAGAUAUUAAAGGGCAAAAUGUCUUGCUGACUGAAAAUGCAGAAGUUAAACUAGUGGACUUUGGAGUCAGUGCUCAGCUUGAUCGAACAGUGGGCAGGAGGAAUACUUUCAUUGGAACUCCCUACUGGAUGGCACCAGAAGUUAUUGCCUGUGAUGAAAACCCAGAUGCCACAUAUGAUUUCAAGAGUGACUUGUGGUCUUUGGGUAUCACCGCCAUUGAAAUGGCAGAAGGUGCUCCCCCUCUCUGUGACAUGCACCCCAUGAGAGCCCUCUUCCUCAUCCCCCGGAACCCAGCGCCUCGGCUGAAGUCUAAGAAGUGGUCAAAAAAAUUCCAGUCAUUUAUUGAGAGCUGCUUGGUAAAGAAUCACAGCCAGCGACCAGCAACAGAACAAUUGAUGAAGCAUCCAUUUAUACGAGACCAACCUAAUGAGCGACAGGUCCGCAUUCAACUCAAGGACCAUAUUGAUAGAACAAAGAAGAAGCGAGGAGAAAAAGAUGAGACAGAGUAUGAGUACAGCGGAAGUGAGGAAGAAGAGGAGGAGAAUGACUCAGGAGAGCCCAGCUCCAUCCUGAAUCUGCCAGGGGAGUCGACGCUGCGGAGGGACUUUCUGAGGCUGCAGCUGGCCAACAAGGAGCGUUCUGAGGCCCUACGGAGGCAGCAGCUGGAGCAGCAGCAGCGGGAGAAUGAGGAGCACAAGCGGCAGCUGCUGGCCGAGCGUCAGAAGCGCAUUGAGGAGCAGAAAGAGCAGAGGCGGCGGCUGGAGGAGCAACAAAGGCGAGAGAAGGAGCUGCGGAAGCAGCAGGAGAGGGAGCAGCGCCGGCACUAUGAGGAGCAGAUGCGCCGGGAGGAGGAGAGGAGGCGUGCGGAGCAUGAACAGGAAUACAUCAGGCGACAGUUAGAGGAGGAGCAGAGACAGUUAGAGAUCUUGCAGCAGCAGCUACUGCAUGAACAAGCUCUACUUCUGGAAUAUAAGCGCAAACAAUUGGAAGAACAGAGACAAGCAGAAAGACUGCAGAGGCAGCUAAAGCAAGAAAGAGACUACUUAGUUUCCCUUCAGCAUCAGCGGCAGGAGCAGAGGCCUGUGGAGAAGAAGCCACUGUACCAUUACAAAGAAGGAAUGAGUCCUAGUGAGAAGCCAGCAUGGGCCAAGGAGGUAGAAGAACGGUCAAGGCUCAACCGGCAAAGUUCCCCUGCCAUGCCUCACAAGGUUGCCAACAGGAUAUCUGACCCCAACCUGCCCCCAAGGUCGGAGUCCUUCAGCAUUAGUGGAGUUCAGCCUGCUCGAACACCCCCCAUGCUCAGACCAGUCGAUCCCCAGAUCCCACAUCUGGUAGCUGUAAAAUCCCAGGGACCUGCCUUGACCGCCUCCCAGUCAGUGCACGAGCAGCCCACAAAGGGCCUCUCUGGGUUUCAGGAGGCUCUGAACGUGACCUCCCACCGCGUGGAGAUGCCACGCCAGAACUCAGAUCCCACCUCUGAAAAUCCUCCUCUCCCCACUCGCAUUGAAAAGUUUGACCGAAGCUCUUGGUUACGACAGGAAGAAGACAUUCCACCAAAGGUGCCUCAAAGAACAACUUCUAUAUCCCCAGCAUUAGCCAGAAAGAAUUCUCCUGGGAAUGGUAGUGCUCUGGGACCCAGACUAGGAUCUCAACCCAUCAGAGCAAGCAACCCUGAUCUCCGGAGAACUGAGCCCAUCUUGGAGAGCCCCUUGCAGAGGACCAGCAGUGGCAGUUCCUCCAGCUCCAGCACCCCUAGCUCCCAGCCCAGCUCCCAAGGAGGCUCCCAGCCUGGAUCACAAGCAGGAUCCAGUGAACGCACCAGAGUUCGAGCCAACAGUAAGUCAGAAGGAUCACCCGUGCUCCCCCAUGAGCCUGCCAAGGUGAAACCAGAAGAAUCCAGGGACAUUACCCGGCCCAGUCGACCAGCUAGCUAUAAAAAAGCUAUAGAUGAGGAUCUGACGGCAUUAGCCAAAGAACUAAGAGAACUCCGGAUUGAAGAAACAAACCGCCCAAUGAAGAAGGUGACUGAUUACUCCUCCUCCAGUGAGGAGUCAGAAAGUAGCGAGGAAGAAGAGGAAGAUGGAGAGAGCGAGACCCAUGAUGGGACAGUGGCUGUCAGCGACAUACCCAGACUGAUACCAACAGGAGCUCCAGGCAGCAACGAGCAGUACAAUGUGGGAAUGGUGGGGACGCACGGGCUGGAGACCUCUCACGCGGACAGUUUCAGCGGCAGUAUUUCAAGAGAAGGAACCUUGAUGAUUAGAGAGACGUCUGGAGAGAAGAAGCGAUCUGGCCACAGUGACAGCAAUGGCUUUGCUGGCCACAUCAACCUCCCUGACCUGGUGCAGCAGAGCCAUUCUCCAGCUGGAACCCCGACUGAGGGACUGGGGCGCGUCUCAACCCAUUCCCAGGAGAUGGACUCUGGGACUGAAUAUGGCAUGGGGAGCAGCACCAAAGCCUCCUUCACCCCCUUUGUGGACCCCAGAGUAUACCAGACGUCUCCCACUGAUGAAGAUGAAGAGGAUGAGGAAUCAUCAGCCACAGCUCUGUUUACUAGCGAACUUCUUAGGCAAGAACAGGCCAAACUCAAUGAAGCAAGAAAGAUUUCGGUGGUAAAUGUAAACCCAACCAACAUUCGGCCUCAUAGCGACACACCAGAAAUCAGAAAAUACAAGAAACGAUUCAACUCAGAAAUACUUUGUGCAGCUCUGUGGGGUGUAAACCUUCUGGUGGGGACUGAAAAUGGCCUGAUGCUUUUGGACCGAAGUGGGCAAGGCAAAGUCUAUAAUCUGAUCAACCGGAGGCGAUUUCAGCAGAUGGAUGUGCUAGAGGGACUGAAUGUCCUUGUGACAAUUUCAGGAAAGAAGAAUAAGCUACGAGUUUACUAUCUUUCAUGGUUAAGAAACAGAAUACUACAUAAUGACCCAGAAGUAGAAAAGAAACAAGGCUGGAUCACUGUUGGGGACUUGGAAGGCUGUAUACAUUAUAAAGUUGUUAAAUAUGAAAGGAUCAAAUUUUUGGUGAUUGCCUUAAAGAAUGCUGUGGAAAUAUAUGCUUGGGCUCCUAAACCGUAUCAUAAAUUCAUGGCAUUUAAGUCUUUUGCAGAUCUCCAGCACAAGCCUCUGCUAGUUGAUCUCACGGUAGAAGAAGGUCAAAGAUUAAAGGUUAUUUUUGGUUCACACACUGGUUUCCAUGUAAUUGAUGUUGAUUCAGGAAACUCUUAUGAUAUCUACAUACCAUCUCAUAUUCAGGGCAAUAUCACUCCUCAUGCUAUUGUCAUCUUGCCUAAAACAGAUGGAAUGGAAAUGCUUGUUUGCUAUGAGGAUGAGGGGGUGUAUGUAAACACCUAUGGCCGGAUAACUAAGGAUGUGGUGCUCCAAUGGGGAGAAAUGCCCACGUCUGUGGCCUACAUUCAUUCCAAUCAGAUAAUGGGCUGGGGCGAGAAAGCUAUUGAGAUCCGGUCAGUGGAAACAGGACAUUUGGAUGGAGUAUUUAUGCAUAAGCGAGCUCAAAGGUUAAAGUUUCUAUGUGAAAGAAAUGAUAAGGUAUUUUUUGCAUCCGUGCGAUCUGGAGGAAGUAGCCAAGUGUUUUUCAUGACCCUCAACAGAAAUUCCAUGAUGAACUGGUAACAGAAGAGCACUUGGCACUUAUCUUCAUGGCGUUAUUUCUAAUUUAAAAGAACAUAACUCAUGUGGACUUAUGCCAGUCUAGAGGCAGAAUCAGAAGGCUUGGUUGAACAUAUCGCUUUCCCUUUUUCCUCUCCCUCCGCCCCUCCCAAUACAGUCCAUCUUUCAAUGUUGCAGCCUGGUUGAGAAGGAGAGAAAAAGGUGGCAGGAAUUUCCAGGAGAUCCCCAAGAAUGCUGCCUUGUCUGUGGACAAAGAUGGACCAUGUGCCCUUCGGAAUUAGGGAUAGAAACAAAUAUUGUGUGCUCUUAACGAUUAAGCUGUGUUAUGGUGGGUUUUCAGGUUUUUACCUUUUUUCUUUACCCCUUUACUCUGCAAGAAUGGGGAAAGAAUGCAUACUGCGAAAAUGAGUCUUUUAAAUUCUGUCUGCCUACUAGUUUUAAGUAUAUGGUAUGUUGUAAAAUUUCCAAUGAUGAGAGACAGCACAAUAAAUGUACCUUAUCUCCUUAGGCUGAAGGCCAUAACUACAUAGUGGAGUAAUUUAAGAACUCUCUUGCCUUCACCAACCCAAAAGGUUGCUUUUUGAUAGCAACUGGCUAAUGAAUUUUUAAAAAGAGAAGAAAAAUACUAGUUUUCCCCUCUUUUGGGAAAUAGAUUUUAAAUGGCUAACUACUAGCCUUAAAACUACUAGUCUAAUAAAAUCAACUACCACUUUUGUGAAUCUGACAGGCCACAUUUUUAUAUGGCCCUUUACAGAAUGGAGUGUGUUGAAUAGGAUACUAACGCCAUUGAGUUGAGCUGGCCUAGCGAUGGAGGGACUCUCUAACACAACUUUCCCUCAGCUAUUAUGCAACAGAUCAGGGAAAAAGAUGGGAUGACAGAUGGGGUCAGACAGAACGAGCUUCUGGGAAACAAGCUUACAUAGUCUUUUUUAAAAUGCACAAAGCCUCCCAGCUAAGAGGUCACUUGGUUUGGGCUGCAUUAGGACUAAGACUUUGUUGAGUUCUUUCUGGGACUUGGAGAGUGGAUGAUAUUCAGGCUCUGAACAUUCCCAGCUCUCUCCUGAGGGUGCCACUUUCUCAAGAUGAAAACUGUGACUGAAAAAAUUAAUAAUAAAUGUUUCUGAGCUGCCUGUGUUCUCCCUGUGUGGGUGAGAGAAGGGACUAGACUCCUAAGCCUGCCUCAGAUACAAGAGGCAUCAUUGGCUCCAAUUUUAGAGAACUUGAAAGCAAGGCUUUGGACAAAAUUUUGAGACCCUAAUCACUUUACCUUCCUCCAAAUUACCCAACAUACGGUAAACAACAUUUGUGCAGAAAUAUGUAUGUAUUUAGUUCAGGUUGACUUGUGUCCUUAUAAACUCUUACUCAAAUGAUUUGAACUUUUAUGCGACUGGGAUUUUUUUUUUCCAAAGCUACAAGCAUGGCCGCCUGUGGUAUCGAGGUGUUGCAAACAAUAUCUGUGUUGCGCUUCCUGUUUUAACCUACCUCGUUUUGUUUGUUUUUGUUUCACUGUUCAUCACAGCAGUGUUAUCUCCAGGAGACAUAUAGAGAGCUCAACUGGCAAUCUCAGGUGCAUUUAACAUUUUUAAAACAAAACAGUAGUUGACCAAAUUUUUCUUCUUAAAAAAUUGGAAGUUGGGGGAAUCCAAUGACAAAAACUAAUGUGGCUUGUUUCUGGAGAAAAUAAUUACUGUAAAUGGAUCAAAAAAAAAAAAAAAAAAAAAAACUACGAUCUUACUGACUUUGCCUAAAUACACGAGCAGCUGAUGUACUAUUAAUGAGAACGAAAUACACAUUAGGAAAAUGGAGCCAUUUCAAUCUAGUGGUUUGGGCAAGAUGGGGAAGAGAAGGGGAAACAUUCUAGUUUCUGGAUUACAUUAUUAUGCCCCUCCUGAAAAGGUGGUUGUCAUUUGCAUUUAUUUAAAGCAGGUAAUAUGCAGGAAUGUAACUGAGGAUUAUCUUCAGGCAAUCAGCAAGAUAUCCUCCUCAUGGUCCCUUUAGCUCUCAAAAGCAAUGAAAUCCUCCUGUUCUCAUUUUUACUGCUGUGGUUGUGCUGCUGAACAAUACUAUCUUCUCAAAUUCCAUGCCACAAAUUCAGCAAUAACUUUUUGGAUUGAAUUUAACAACUACUGUAAUUGGAUGCUGAUGUGGACAAAAUAUAUUGAUUUCGAUUUCACUCCCGAAUGUGAUUGCCACCAGCUCUUUAUAUUGCUGCUGUGGUAUUUUAAACCAGAAGCUUCUUUAAAUUAUGUUGCAAACUGAUCUUUGUUUUUAUGUUUUGUUUUGUUUUUAUUUCUAAGUGAUAAGUUUGAAACACACAGCUUUAAAUGAUUUUUUUAUUGUGGGAUUUUGGGUACAGUUAAGAAAUAAAAGGGAAUCAUUGUGUUUAAACAUAAGGUAGUUUGUGAAUGUAUUUUUUAAAAUCUAGAUUCAUUGAAACAAAUCAUAAGAAAACAAUAUUAAUGCAGUCUUGUUUACAGUAUGUACAGUGACAUAACAUAGAACAUGAGCUUUUCUGGUGCCAACAACAAUAAAACACAGACGUUAAACAUCAA